AUGGAUGCCUCAUCCGUCAGCGACGACUUUUCCGACUACGAUGUCAUCUCUAACUCUGGCAUGGAUUCGAGCCUGGCGGAUCUAUCUCUGGCAAUGUCGGAGCCACCUCCUACGAAGGAGGCACGAGAUCUCUACAACACAGCUACCUUGUCCCCGGAGGAUAUCCAGAAAUGGACACGAGAAUCCCAGGCUAAGUCAAAGCAGAGGAGCAGUUCAGCAGAACAACGCACGGUAAGGGUGUAUGUCGACGGCGUGUUCGAUAUCUUCGGUGUUGGUCACGCCUUGCAACUUCGCCAGGCAAAGCUCGCUUUCCCCUCGGUCCAUCUCAUCGUUGGCGUCUUCUCCGACGAGCUGUGCAGCUCUUACGGAUCACCAGCUAUUUUCCCACACGUCGAGAGGUGCGAAGUUGUCAGACAUUGUCGAUGGGUAGACGAGGUCAUUGGAGAUGUACCGUGGCGGGUGGACGAGCAACUCCUAUCGAGGAGAAGAAUCGACUACGUCGCUAUUGAUGAAGGCACUACUGUGGAUCCCAAGUGUGACACCGUUCGAGUGAAGGGAUACGACGACAUCAAGAAAUUAGGAAAAGUCAUUCUCACAAAGAGAACCCAUGGUUUAACUGCCCACCCUGUUUCGAAAUUAUUGACAACACCAGGACCACCACCACAUAUUCCGGUGCAACCAGCGAAUCUGUUGUCCUUGCCUACACCGACGGCCGAGGAACCGGAGGAACGCGACCACGAACCUCUUUCGCAGCCUAUAGUUGAUUUGUAUGCCAUCGGAAUCUAA